ACAGCCAACUACAAGCAAGGAUCAAGCCAAUUCAAGCAAUCAUGGACAACUUAUGACAACCUUGACUUGGUAUUACAGUAUUUUAAAGGAAAACGCCAUAGAAAUGUUCCAACCAAUGUCCUCUGCAGGAACAAGAUCGAUGUGCAUCAUGGGAAGCGCGAGGACCAGGAAGACUGGAACUGGCGGAAGUGAAAAACUGAUAACACAGGAAACCCAAUGAAAUACCUUAUGACAAAAUGGCGUCCAAGAGGCAUGUGUUGUUGACUGGCUCUCCAGGAGUUGGAAAGACUACGUUGUGCAAGAAAAUUUAUGAGCUCUUAAACAAAAAGUCAAUCAGUGCACAAGGUUUCUACACAGAGGAAGUGCGCAAUGAUAGAGACAGUGGUAGACUUGGAUUCGAUGUUGUUACCUUGAAUGGAGAAAGAGGCCCUCUUGCAAGGGUUAAAAAGCCAGGGCGCAAACAAAAGGGGCCAAUGGUUGGGAAAUAUUUGGUGGACUUGAAAUCAUUUGAGCAACUGGCUUUACCAACAAUUGUUCCUUCUUCUACAGAUAAACCCUGCAUUGUUAUUGUUGAUGAGAUUGGAAAGAUGGAGCUGUUUAGCAAACCAUUUGCUCAAGCUGUUCAGAACCUAUUUGAAUCACCUAAAACAUGUAUCUUAGCAACAGUUCCUGUUGCUAGGCAACACCCUAUUCAGCUUGUUGAACAACUCAAGGGAAGGCCUGAUGUAACUUUAAUUGAGGUUACAAGAGCCAACCGUUCAAGUAUUGCAGAAGACAUUCUUGCUCUGAUCACAUCAGCUAGUGGCACAGAAGCAAGCUAAUGACAACACAACCACCCAGUGAUAGCUACAUCUGUAGUAACCUAAGGAUCUUCAAAUUUUUGAAGUUGGGCAUCAAGAUUCUGACUAUCUGUAAGCCAAAUUAUCACAGAUCCUCAACUAGGUGCAAGCUGUCAUAUACAGACCUCUUAAUUUAUUAAAAUAAAAGGGCUUAUUAAUGAAUCUAGCAUAAGAAAAUUAACUUUCAGAGUUGACCAGGUAUGUAUACAUGUAGAACUAGAAUUUUGGAUGAAUGAGAUGAUGAGAUAAUGUGUUCAUGUUAUAUAUAUACUUUUAUUUUUUACUCCAUGAUUUGGAUAGUCAUUUAUGAUUAAUUCAUAUUUGUCAUUAAAAUAAUUUGCAUUCACUACCUACAUGGAACACUAUCAAUAUAAUACAGAUAAAAUGAAAUUUAAAAUUUUCUAAAAGGAUUGAAACUUUUUUAGAAUAUUUACAAAGUAUUGGUCAGGAAGGCCAUGCAUGACCUAAUCCAAGUUUUCUUGGUCUUAAUGUUGCAUUUAUAGGAUUUACAAUACCACUCUUAUCUGGACCCAAACCAGUACCAGGAACCCAACCCAUGCUACGGAGCAUUUGGUUACCAAUAUUGCUUUCAGGUAUUGCGCUGGCAAACUGACCAACAGGACCUGAAAUAAACAUAAUUGUAGGAUUAACAGAACCUUGAAAAAACCUUGUUUCACUUUAGCUUUGUACUUAGGUAGAUCACUAAACUCUCAACUCUUGCCUCUCACCAACCAGGACUGUGCGGUUGUACAAAUGGUGGAUAAAGUCGAUGAUGUUAUCCAAUAAAUUUAUCCACUGGAUAAGAUUUAUCCAUCGGAUAGCACUAUCCACCCUUCGCAUAACUUUUAUAUUUUCUUCUUUGCUGACAUUAUUUGCAUAUGGAAUUCCUCCCAAUUUUGAUUCAGAAAAAAACGUUACCUUUAUUUACCUGUAAAGACACAGAUUUUUUCUGCUGAUCAAAAAUUGAUAGCAUUUUAUUAAUUUAUACCUUCAGUUGCUAUUCUUCUUGCUCUUUUGACUUCUGACAUCUGUAAUCCUUUCCUUCUGGAAAGAACCAAAAAAUCAUACUUUACUAAGUGACUGAAAGCAACUGACAAAAAGUUAACAUGUAGGAAAUGAGAAAAUUCACAUAUCGAAAAAAUAAACAAUAAAGACUUACUUUCCAUCUUUGCCAAAAAAGCUGUUCACAGCAUCUUUGUCAGGUUUACAUGUGUUCCUAAAAAUUACAAAUCGUACGUUAUUCCAAAGCUCUUGAUUCCGGAAGUCCUAAAGCAGAUGUAUGACAUCUCAAUUACAGUAUAAUAUUACUGACUGUCACCUUGUUUUUAGUAGAAUGGCAUGACCACGAUGAGCAGAAUUCUCAGUUCGGCAGUGCAGUGCAUAAAGAGAAGCCAGGUGAUGAAUCUAGGAGCAUUGACAACACAGAUAAAUCACAACUUGAUGUUUUGAUGUGAACACAUAUGCCUUCAUGGCAUUACAGUGACUGCAUGAUGAGUGACGCAGUUUAUUAAAUUAUUGUCUUAACACAAUGACCUUGCUCACCACUCAGUGGUUAGAGCACCCAGCAGAUAAUGGAAGGUUUUGGGUUAGAUUAUGAUCUGCAUUUCAAAAUUUUUUCCAAGUUCGAUGUCACCACACUAUUUCUAAUAAUUUAUAAUAUUGUGAAGAACAUACUCUAUACAUGAAGUACAUGUGGAUUUCACACCUGUUCUCUUUCAUUCCUGUUGUUCAGUGAAAUUGACAGUCUGUAGGUAAGAACAAUAAUUUCAAAAUGUCACACACUAUGUUUAGGGAUGAAUGAUGCAACAGACAUUUUGUAAUUCAUUCAGCAUCCAAACUUACUCUAUUUUUGAGGGAUCAUGAAGAAACUUGUUGAUCUUUCUCUUUGCUUCCACAAGGAACUUAUUAUUCUAAAAGAUCAAAUAGCAAUUUCAUUUAAUUUACUUAAAUGUCUAAAUGAGGAUUUUAAAAAUUAAAAAAAAGGCAAAUUACAACGAUUCUACAUGGAGACAUUCAGUGCAUGUGGCAUAAUAUAUACUAGAAAUGCUGAAAAUAUGCAUUUUAUCUAACUUUCCUAUAUACAUACUGUUUCACACAUGGAUUUUAAAGAAUUCAAUCUUGCUUGAAAGCCUACAAAAUAAUAUAAUAAAAGCAAUUUAAAAAUUA